UAGGGUUUCGUUGUGUACCUGUGGAGCAAUAGCAGCAGAACAGAGAGAGCAAAACCCUAGAGCAUCCAUCACCAGCAGAGGAAGAAGAUGGUGAAGUUCCUGAAGCCUAACAAGGCCGUGAUCGUCCUGCAGGGCCGCUACGCCGGGCGCAAGGCGGUGAUCGUGAGGACCUUCGACGAGGGAACCAGGGAGCGCCCCUACGGCCACUGCCUCGUCGCCGGAAUAAAGAAGUACCCAAGCAAGGUCAUCAAGAAGGACUCCGCGAAGAAGACCGCGAAGAAAUCUAGGGUUAAGGCCUUCGUGAAGCUCGUGAACUACCAGCACCUCAUGCCCACGCGCUACACGCUCGACGUGGAUCUAAAGGACGCUGUUACCCCCGAUGUUCUAGCCACCAAGGACAAGAAGGUUACCGCUCUCAAGGAGACCAAGAAGCGCCUCGAGGAGAGGUUCAAGACCGGCAAGAAUAGGUGGUUCUUCACCAAACUCAGAUUCUGAUUUCGAAAGCGUGAGGUUUUAUUUAUUAGGGUUUUCGGAAUGUUGCCUUUUAAUAUAUUGUAUCCGUGUUUUGCAAAUCUUAUCAAAAAUAUUAUUCUGCUCUUAGAUUUGUUAUCGUCGCCGACUUUUGUUAAUUAAUAUUUCUGCCUUCUUUUAAUUUACGGGGGAAAUGAAUGCGAACAUAUUUUGAUACCGAGUCAUUCGCAUAAAAUGUGUCAAUUCGGAUAUGAAAAUUUCUAGUUUGUUUGAUGA